CCCGCUCCCGCACUCCGCAUGUGUCGGCUGUAGACCGGUGGAGGACUGCAGGACCUGACGGGACCACCGCACCGGGACAAAGACAAAAACCUCCGCGCAGGAUGAACUGAAGCAACGGCUGCUGGAACAAGAGGGAAACGACAUGAGGAAACUCAAAAACUCAAUUUUUGCUCCAUCCGUCAUAGCCGCUUCAUCUGGGGGCCGACGCGAAGAGGACGUUAUGGACUGACUUAGGGAGUCAGCGAAAAAGAUGAGUCACAUAUGAGUCAAGUGAUGUAACAAUGUGAGUCUUCCAGCUGACCAUGGAGCUAAUUGGACCGACGGAAAGGGAGAAAGUGCUUUUUCUCAUAUGCUGACUUUGCCAAUGUCAAAACAAGUUACGAUCUCAGACAUUGGAGAGGCAAUGACCUAAUUCAGAUGAAAUGACCUCAUACUGAUAAGUAGCUGGCCUUGUCACUGGGUGAUGGAACAUAAUCACAAAUGGACUCUUAUCUUCGUGGCUGGAGUGUGUGAGGUUACAUGAUAUGUCUUUGUGUGUAUGUUUAACACAGAGGAGUGAGUUUUGAUGCUACAUGCAGCGAUGUUGCGGCGUGGCCUGCUAGCCUGGGUCUGCCGUGUUGGAGGCGUGCUGGUGCUCCUCUGCUGCUCCCUGUCGCUCCUCUAUGUGAUGACCUGCAGUCCACUGCACUCUGACGACCCCCUGCUGAGCCACGCUCUCCCCCGUGCCAGACCCAACCACCCCAGCCUGGGGGGCACGGGGCCAGGGAUUGGAGCGAGAGCCGUUGGAACAGGAGGAGCCCAAGGUGGGGCUGCUCAGAGCGGUGGACCCCCUGGUGUUCAAUCUUAUCAGGUUCUCCUCCAAGAGCGUGAGGAACAGCACCACCUCCACAUCUCCUCCUUGAAGAAGCAGAUAGCUCAGCUGAAGGAGGCUUUGCAGGAGCGUAGCCAGCAGCUGAAAGGAGUGCAGGAGAGCCUGAAGAGAGCCACGGGGGGCCCAGCGGCUGGACAGGAAGCUGAGGCUGGGUCACAGGGAGGUGGUCUCGGGGAUUCUCAGGGAGCCAGGAGCCAGCAGGCAGACCUCCAGGAUUUCCUGCGGAGCCAGCUGUCGAAGGCCGAAGUGACCACUGGAACUCGAUUGCCCAGCGAGUACGCAGUGGUGCCCUUUGAGAGUUUCACCCUGCAGAGGGUGUACCAGCUGGAGAUGGGGCUGACGCGUCACCCCGAGGAGAAGCCUGUGAGGAAGGACAAGAGAGAGGCCUUGGGGGAGGUGCUGGAGACGGCCCUGCACAGCCUCAACACGCCGUCAUCCCAGCAAGACAGCAGGAGCGCAGCAGAACAAAACACUCAAACAAGCAAACUGUACACACCAUCUGACUUCGUAGAAGGUAUCACCCGCACAGAGAAGGACAAAGGGACACUGUACGAGCUGACCUUCAGAGGGGAGUCAAGUCAUGAAUUCAGACGCCUGGUCCUCUUCCGUCCCUUUGGACCGCUGAUGAAGGCGAAAAACGAGAGGGUGAACACAGCCAACAUCCCGAUCAACAUCAUCGUGCCGCUGUCCAGACGCACAGACAAGUUCAAGCAUUUCAUGCAGAACUUCAGGGAAGUCUGUGUGCGUCAGGACGGCCAGGUCCAUCUGACGGUGGUGUAUUUUGGGAACGAGCAGAUGAGCGAAGUCCGCAGCACUCUGGAGAACACAUCUAGGGAAGUUCAUUUUAAGAACUUCACUCUGCUGCAGCUGGACGAGGAGUUUUCUCGGGGACGGGGUCUAGACGUCGGGGCCCGAGCCUGGAAGGGAGGCAACGUGCUGCUUUUCUUCUGCGACGUGGACAUCUACUUCACCGCUGACUUCCUCAAUACUUGUCGACUCAACACGCAGCCCGGUAAAAAGGUGUUCUACCCGGUGUUAUUCAGCCAGUACAACCCCACUCUGAUCUACGGGAGUCAAGAACACGUCCCACCUGUGGAGCAACAGCUGGUGAUCAAGAAAGACACGGGGUUCUGGAGGGACUUUGGUUUCGGCAUGACCUGCCAAUACAGGUCCGACUUCAUCAACAUAGGAGGUUUUGACAUCGACAUCAAAGGCUGGGGGGGCGAAGAUGUCCACCUGUACAGGAAGUACCUCCAUAGCAACCUCCUAGUGGUCCGAGCACCAUCACGAGGCUUGUUCCACCUGUGGCACGAGAAGCACUGCGCCGAUGAGCUCGCUCCGGACCAGUACCGCAUGUGCAUGCAGUCUAAGGCCAUGAACGAGGCCUCGCACGGCCAGCUGGGGAUGCUCUUCUUCAGGCACGAGAUCGAAACUCACCUCCGCAAACAGAAACAACAGCAAAACUCAAACCCCAAGAAGUCGUGAAGACUUCAAGAUGGUUGAAUUAUAAUCAGCGCAAUGACUGCAAUCAGUGGAAAUGACUCAGAUGAAUCCAAGUGAUCUGAACUUCAUGCGAUUUUGAAGGAAUAGAUCAACAUUUUCUGAAAAUAUGCUUAUUUGCUUUCCUGCCAAGAGUUUAAUAAGAUUGAUACCACUCUCCUGUCUAAAUGUGGAGCUAGAACCAGCAGAUGGAUUAGCUUAGCUUAGCAUAAAGCAUGUGGAAACAGGGUGGAAACAGCUAGCCUAACAGAAGCUGAAAGAAGCAGCCUCUACAUUAUUGUAGUUGUACGGGUGGAUGCAUGCUGGACAAUUUAUUGGCGGAAAUAGUCAAGAAAAAUAUUUUGUUUUCUUUGGAGAGAGCCAGGCUAUUUUUUCCCCUCUGUUUCCUGUCUUUAUGCAAAGCUAAGCUAACUGUCUCCUUAGCAUAAAAAUAUAAGAGUGGUAUCAAUCUUGUCAUCUAACCCUCAGCAAGGAAGCGUAUAAGCCCAAAAUCUCAAACUAUUCCUUUAAUGAAAAAGGUGAAGACUUUUUGCUUUUCAAGGACUUUGUUGCUCUGGAAAGGACAACAUGAAAUGAACAUUAAUUAAAACUGACUUGAGGGAUUCAACUAGAGUUGGACUCAACAGAUCUCCUGUCUGAAACGUCAGUAUGUAAUUUAACGCCCAUUUGUAUUUUCCUCUUUAACUGCAGGAAGGCCUUUUAGAAAAGACAGCGUCAACGUUUGAGCUGCAAAGUGUGUCUGAACCGCGUGCCUUCUGUGAAUUAAAUCUGAACACUGUCCGUUCAGGCUGGCCAGUGAAAAUUGAAAGUACAUCUUUUCAUGUGUAGGGAAACAGAGCCACCUAGUGGACUGAAAGUGAAACGUGUCGGUACGUAAACAAUGAAGGACUUAAAGCCUGGAAUGGCCAAAACAUAUUAUUUUUUAUAAAUUAUUCAUUCCUUUAUUUAUGUUUGUUAUUUCGUAGUAUGUCAUUUCUGAUGCAGCUGCUGCAUGGACAGUAUUCUGUGUGACCAUUCACUUCUAUAAUGAAUGAAGUCAAAGAAAACGUGCUAGGAAUGACAGUAUCUGUGGGUAUUUGUCAGUAAAACAUUUUUCACAAUAAGCGUUCUCAACAUGAGACGUAUGUAAUUAUGCCCAAAAUAUAACUACAGAUAAAUAUAUUUUUAAAAUGUAUAAUUUAAAGAAUAAACCUUAAUGUAGACUAAUUAGUGUUUUUUUUGUCACAUAACUCAUUUGUGGACACACAAUUAGGAUUACUGACUGACAGUAAUACUGUUCACUGUCCUGACAUUGACGAUGACUUAGUAAGUCAGAAUGAGACUUAUUGAUCUUAAUAUUUUAGUUUAUGUCAAUCAAAUUGCAUUACAUGUAUUACUGAGUAGUCAGAGAAACUGGAGAUGUUGUAGAUUUAGAGAUAUAACUUCCUCGAUGGUUACUUUAUAUUAGAUUUAAUACAGUCGCCCAUCAAUCUGGCUCCAGCACUUCAAUCAAAUGGAGCUGUACAUUUUGUGGAUGACCAAAGAUGUGAAAGGAGGCACUUUAUAAAUCGUGUUUUUUUUGUUUACCAUUGGAACAUUCCUUGUUAAAAAAUACAUUGAAUGGCUUUGAAAUGUAAGUUUCAAGUUUAUUUUUUCAUUUCAUGUAAAUGAGUUGAAUAAAACAUAUUCGUGCUUUGCAUAAUGCUUAAUUAUGAUGUGUUUGCUUACGCCAUCUGCUGUUAGUAUCAAGUCUUAUCCAGCUUUAAGGUGGAAUAUAAGGCAAACAUUGUAGAGAAUAUUUAAAUUUGUACUUUUACUUCUUGGCAAUCCCAUUAUGAUGCAUUGUAUAUUGAUAUCAUUAUCUUAAUAUUUUAGGGACCAGUUGCGGAAGAAAAGUAUGGAGACUCAACGUGUUCAGUAUUUAACAAAUAAAUAAAACAUUGUGAAAUAAAUAAUCAUACAAAAAAGAAAGACAAAAUGUAUAUGAUCAUGAAAUUGUGACAUAAUACGCUCAGCUCAUUAUUAUGUUAAAUGUUAUAUUAUUCUGCUUAGUCACAAGUUUAAUUAGAAGCUCAAUUAAUUUCAGCAGAUUUUUUAAAAAUCAGUUUUUAUCACAUUUUUCCCAGUGGCUGUUUUAAUUCAUAAUGACACUUUUAAUCACAAAGUCUUCAUCUGUCAAUCAAGACAAACCGGCUAAAGACAGUUAUGAGAGAACAAAAGAAAAAUACAAUCCGACUCUUAAAGGGAACAAUAGUGGUCCAUUCACACAGGUGCUGUCAAUCACUUUGCCUAAUUAAAGCUUCUCCCAGCACAACGUGGGCUUGUGCUGACUCUGCUUGAUUGCUCAUUUUUCUGUUAGAUAAAGGACACGUUUGUCUUAAGACACAAGUCAGGUGACCAUUUGACAAUUAAAGCAGGUUUUUCUUGCUGUAAUCUUCACUACUGGACUUCCAAUGUAAAUGUUGGGAGACAAAAUCCACAGUCCUUUUUCUGUGCAAAUGCAUUUAAAAGUGUAUCUGAAGUUAAUGAGGCUUCAACA